UUCGCACGUAAUAUGUAAAUGACACGGCCGGCGGGGCCGCGGAGUGCUUGCCAAAAAUAUUGACAUACGCGGAGCCAGCUUCGUCUUGCAGUAUCAAAUCGAUGCAUCUUCAAGACUUCAAUGCACUUGCCCUUCCUCCUUUGUACUUGUCCUAAUACUGCAGCCUUGCCAAGGAUUGGUGCGGUCGGAGUCCUGACGAAUAACUUGUUUUCAACGAUUUUCUGCUAUGGACGUCUGGCGGUGACAGCCUGCAACAUGAAACCGGAAAUCUCGAAAGUCUGUGGGGAGCGAUGUAAGUGCAUGCAGCCUACAGAUACAUCAUUAUUGCGAUGUUAGCAUGAUCAUCCCGAUAGUGGAGG